AUAAUCAAACUCUACACAACACAAGCCCCUCUUUCUUUCUCCUAAUCAUCCCUAUACAUAUGUUGUUCCAAAUGGAUGAUGAACCUCUUCUCCCAAACACUUUACCAGAACAUCAUCAUCAUCAUCAUCAUCAUUCUAACAAACCAUCAUCAAGCUGGAGAGAAUUCUCUUCUGGGUAUCUUGAUCUCAUCUCUAGUGAUGCCAUUAUCAAGACAACCCCGAAUUCUUCUUCUUAUUUAAAUGUUCUUGCCUGCAGCUUGCAUAAGAACUCGAGAAAGCUUCAUCGUCGUUCACAUUCUGCUCCAUCUCUAUUUACUCAAGCCAGGGAAUCAUCUGUAUCCGAUACUUUAGACCCAAGGACACCUUCCAAGUCUACUCCGUUGAUCGUCCGGCAAGCGUUUAUCAGUGUGGCCUUUUAUCUGGCUAUUGUUGUUGUCAUAUUCCUAGUAAGUGGAAGCUUCAAGGGUACUACAACUUUCAAGCCAGUGGAUGCCUUGUACUUCACAGUGGUUACUCUUUGCACCAUAGGGUUUGGUGACAUAGUUCCUGACUCCACAUUUACCAAGCUCUUCACUUGUGUUUUCAUAUUGGUUGGCUUUGGGUUUAUAGACAUUCUGCUAAAUGGGUUGGUCACCUACAUCUGUGACAGACAAGAAGCAGUUCUGUUGAGUGCUGUGGAUGAGAGUAGAUUCAACAGAUACAUGAUUGAUAGAGUUAAAGGGAGAAUAAGAAUUAGAACCAAAGUGAGCUUGGCCUUGCUAGCUGUGGUUGGCUGCAUUGCUAUAGGAACAAUUGCAGUACAUUUUCUGGAGAAUAUUAAUUGGGUUGAUAGUUUUUAUCUAUCUGUUACUUCUGUAACAACUGUUGGUUAUGGAGAUUUUGCUUUCACCACAGUAACAGGGAGAUGUUUUGCCAUAGUUUGGCUUUUGAUUAGCACACUGGCGGUUGCCAGGGGAUUUUUAUACCUGGCUGAGUUCAGGAUUGACAAGAGAAAUCGUAGGAUUGCGAAAUGGGUUCUUCAGAAAAAGAUCACCCUUGGCGAUUUGAUAUCUGCAGAUCUUGAUAACGAUGGAUCUAUCAGCAAAUCAGAAUUUGUGAUAUACAAGCUCAAGGAGAUGGGGAGAAUAACAGAGAAAGAGAUUCUGCAGAUUUGCAACCAAUUUGACUCUUUAGAUAAUAGCAAUUGUGGGAAGAUCACUCUUGCUGAUCUCAUGGAAUGUGGUUGAGCCUAAGCAAAAACGAAAGGUAUGGCCAACACAAAGCACAUUCAAAAGGGUGAUUUUGCAAACCCACAAUUCCAAAUGCUAUCCCAAAUGGGCAUACAAAAAGCAUAUCUGAGUUUGGAAAUUUUCCUCACUGUAUAGAAACCAAAAUCAUUGGUUACAAGUAGUUAGUGUUAUUGAGUUUGUAAAUUAUGUAAAAUUACAAAUCCCACAUUAGAAAAACAUUAAACUUUUUGUAGGGCUUAUAAUGUGGGAAAAUGAUUCUAUUUUUGGAGGGAAACAAGAUCAUGAUAUGAGAUUCCAUAGAUUCUCCAAAUAGGACACUUGGAUUAGGAUUCGAUUUUAGGAAUCAAUGGAUCAAAAUUAGUAGUUAGGAGUUCAUAGAGUUGAUUGUCGAUUUGGCUAGAUUAAGGUUUGAGAAGAAAUUUCAAUGAUAAGUUUGGAGAUAAGUUAAGUGAUGUCCAAGUAUAGUUUGAUUCAGCAUAUAUAUACUUGAUACUCUCUAACUUCCAUCUCGUCAGAUCAGAUAGAGAUAUUCUGUGACAGGUGGGUCAGACGGCUCAUUAAUGAUAGACAGUUGACUAAUAAAUACGGAGCCAAUUAGCUAUACUCUAUCCUCUCAUCCACGUUACAUUAGCGCGGUUCAUAAUAUGUACAUUUAUGAUCUCGAUAGGGAUCAGAGAAGUCUACUACUAUGAUGAAGAUUUAUAUUUAUUUUUUAAUCUAAUCUAAUCGUAAACAUGUAUUUUGAUCAUAAAGUAUUUUAUAUCUCAUAUGUUAUCCACCAGAAUUAGCAAUUCAUGUGAAAUAUAUGGCAUGCAUCUCAAUAUCACUGUUCAAAUUGGAUUUUGACUUGAUGUGGCACCAAGUUCUUGCUGAUUCAAUUAUGACCAAGUAUAGCUCUGUGAGCGUUUCAUACUUCCAAGAAUUUCCAAGCUUUCUCAAAAAUUGUCAGACUCCUCAUUUGUCUGGGCAACUCUUUUUUUUAUAGGCAUUGAAAAUAAUAAUAAGUUAAUAUAUUUAAAAAAGGAUAACCGAGAUGCUUU